AGCAUGAUGUUGAUAACAGCAACUCUAGUAUCAAAGAUGCAGGCAAAAAAUCUACAACUUUCGCGCCAGCUGAUGCAAAAAUCAUGCCCACGACCGGCACCUCAACCUCUUUGAAGAAGUCCGCACCGAAGACGGCGAGAUUCUUCGUGAAAGAGCAGAUAAGGCAUCACAGUGGUCCUACUGUACUAGCCGGACCUCCACCUCCCACACAGCAGCCCCAUGUUGAAGAUAAUCAUAUUAACGGUGAUAAGGUACAAGCAGGGACGAUGAGGAUAAACAACCUGGUCAACAGCAAUAUUCGAACCGAGCCUGAUCAACAUCUUGCAACAUCAGAAAGGAUUGGUGCGCCGACGUCGAGUACUAGUUCUAACUAUAGUAAUGACGAUGUCGCCCGUGCCUUGCAGCUGUUCCCUUCCCCACCAGACGAGUUCCAAAAUCUAACUUUGGGCGAGGCGUGGGAGUAUUGGUUUGACUAUGUGCGUAAUUACGAGAAGCAGGAGGACGAGGACCACCAUUCCGACUACAGAGGACCCGGCUGCACAACUGGGAAAGCAGCAAUUACAACGCGUGCCACGUUCUUUAAGGGUGAUGAGGACCACAAGCAAAAAAUAAAUUCAGACUGUCCGCCCCCGUUUCCACCGACAAUUUCGUCCACUAGCACCGCUGCUACGAAGUUGUACGCGAAUAAGACCGGCGCGGGCGGGCGAUGGCUUUGCAUUGUCCAGGACAAGAAGAGCAGCUCGAAAGUACUGGAAGAAGUUCAUGGGGACGCAGUCGCAGGUCCGACCAGGACAACUUGCUCGUCGUCGUCCGAUCAGUCGAACAGCAAGCAGCAGGCUUUCAUCUCCAUCCGGCGCCUGCGUAUGAUUCUGCAGGGCCGCAAUGUCCGCAGCGCGGCGCAACGGUACGCGAGGUUCCACGUUACCGAGGUGCCCCAUUUGUCUCUGAACAGCGCGGGGGCUUCCUCGCCAGGUCCUGCAGGAGGGCUCUCUUGUCAUCUACAACGUGGCAGCAGUACUAGUUCAAGCUCGUGUUCUGCUACCGAGGCCGACAAUUGUUGGGCGACAGGAGAGCAUUAUAACCAGGACAACGCCAACGUGAAUAAAGGAGCAGGGGCACCAUCAAUUUAUAACGGUAAAAACGGCAAGAUGAUGAUGAGAAAGAACCAGCGCACCCCACGACCGGAGCAGUUCACCCUGAGGCCGGGCUGCCUGUGGCGCGUCGACGGGGUGCAGGAGUCGGCGGACGGGAGGUGCCUGGAGUACACGCUGAGUUUUUCUCUGUCGACAAACUUGAAAGUGGGCACUCUAGCGGCGGGCGGUGCGACUGCGACAACCUCCACGACCUGUGGUUCGUCGAUCAUGUCCUCUUCAUCCGAGGUGGAUCUUCAGCGACGCGCAGAACAUGCUGGGGCGAGCAGGAGCGUUGGAGGACCUGGACCACCGGGAGCUGCAGCUGUGCCUUCGGUAGUUUCGGACGUCGAGGGGCCGCAUUGUUCGGCCGGCAAGAAAAGGGCCCUUGUCUCGUAUGAUGUGUUCAAAACCCCGCAAAAGGCGCAAGCUGCAGGGAACAAUUUCUGUCCCGCUACAGCAAGAACUACUACUUUCGGCGAGGAUAUUAAGGGCCAGAAGCUACCUUACGGACAGCACCAGCACACCCGCCCGCAGCAUAACGGAGACGUGGGUCAACAUCGACAAGCACAAGCUCCCGCUGGGACGACAGGAGGACAGCGCGAAGAAGGACAACAGCUAGAGCCCCCGCGAAACAAGCACAAGGCGAAGGACCAUCCCCGUGUUGGGGUGCUUGCGAGUUUGCACGAUUGGAAGAAGCACCGGAAGAUCGCGCUGAAGGUGAAAAACACGUUUUUUCAUGUGGAUGAGCCGGCGGUGGAGUCAUCGGACGAUGAGGUUGUUGUAUCUUCUUCAUCUACAACUACUUCAAGAGGAAAUUCUUCAGGAACAACAAGUAAUGCAAAGACGUUGCACGCCGACAUCGGCGAGGAGGAGGACCAGGACCACACAACUGAGCGCCGUGAUCAGCAACAACAUCCUCGCCUUCGUCCACCUCCCGGACGAUCCCCGCCGCGGCACGGCUGCGACAAGCAAGUGCGGUCUCGCAGCUUGCAGCCGGACGAACUGAGGCUGACCUCUGCGAGGCGAUGCUUACUCACGGAGUUCUUUGAGGAUAGUACGACGUCGAAGAUGUUGACACCGCCGCGGGGCCGCGGCGGAGGCGAAGAUGCUGAGGUGGAGAAGAAUGCUGUUUAUGAACACUAUAAUAAUUUGAUGUCCCCGCCGCGCGACGAGGAGCUGCAAGAAUAUGAAGACUCUAGGUACAACUGGAAUUAUGUUGAAACAACGCCAACGGCGCUCGGCGGAAUCAACGACUUCUACUCGUCUAAUUCGAUGUCAGUGGAGGUCGAGAAGAAUUUUUAUCCACACGAGGACGAGGGGGAG